UUUGGCCAUAUAUAAAUCGGGGUGCUGACAAAAUGUUUGUGUCAUUCCCAGUUGAUCAGAGCUAGUCGAACGGUCAAACGGUCGCGUGUACCAGAAAACAGUUGAAUUCCCACAGAUUGUGCGUGCGUGUGCGUGUCUUAAUAAAGUGUUGAAAGGAAAGAAGCAGAGAAAAUGAAAGCUUUCAUUGUCGCCGGAGUGUGUUUGUUGAGUGUGCUGGGCCUGGGCUCCGCUCAGUUCCAGAACGGUCGCCUGGAGCCCCCAAAUCCCCAGCUGUGCGCACAGCGCAUCAUCCACGAGAAGACUCCCGAUGGCAAGGGAUACUUCUUCUCUUGGCGUGACCCUCAGUUGAAGGGCGUCGAGGAGGACUGGCUAACGGCCAGGAACUAUUGCCGCAGACGCUGCAUGGACUCCGUGUCGCUGGAGACGAGCCUGGAGAACGAAUGGAUCAAGCAGCGUGUCGUUGGCGAGAAUGUGAAAUACAUCUGGACCAGCGGUCGCUUGUGCGAUUUCAAGGGCUGUGACCGUCCCGAUCUGCAGCCCACGAACAUUAACGGCUGGUUCUGGACCGCCACUCUGCAGAAGUUGGCCCCCAGCACGGAGCGUUCCCAGGGCGAUUGGUCUCCCACCGGCGGCAUUGGCCUGCCCCAGCCCGAUAACCGUGAAUUCAAGCAGAAUGGUGCACCGGAGAAUUGUCUGGCUCUCUUGAACCAGUUCUACAACGAUGGUGUCAACUGGCACGAUGUGGCCUGCCACCAUAAGAAGUCGUUUGUCUGCGAAGAGAACGAUGCCCUGCUGAAGUACGUGCGCUAUACAAACCCCAAUCUGCGUAUUUGAGAUCAAUUGGGAAGUGGGCUAGAUGGAGCAGCGACUCUCCAAAUAAACCAAAAAUGAUAUUUUCUUAAAAAUGGGAGCUAACCUGGGACGAAACGAUGAUUUAUGAUGCUGUUCUGCUCCUGAUACCUUUUGUACUAGUUACUUUCCGAUUGUGAGUGUCCUUAAAAGAGUUUUUCAGGCUUA